AUGGGCAACAAAAUAGCGAAGACGGGACGUAUUGCACGGUGCUCCACAAAUGGGGACUGUUUCGGAGCUGCUGAACCCCUUCUGGCAGGGUCAACAUUACUAGGCUCGGGUACUUCCACACACUGCAAUAUCCUGUCCAGGAGUCACCAGACACCGUUAUCCAAUAGACUGACUUACCGGCGAGACAUGAUUUCCCAGGAACCAACCGUCCGCAUCCCACCCUUCGUCUCUUUGAAUGAGAUGGCGAGCUGGAUACUCACAGAGGGUAGAAACUCGACAGAAGAUUGGACUCAAUCGAUCAUAGGCGCUGGGAGAUCCUUGGCACGAGGGAAUACAACAAAAGUCAGGCACGGCGGGCCGCAACCAGGUUCCUCGCCGAGCAGGGUCGGAGGAGGAGCUUGCGGGGUUAUGGCUGAUACCGGAAGCCAUGGGGUUCCCUCCUUGAUAGGUAUCGAUACGCAACAUAUGAUAGCACCCAGUCGUCAAAGCAAUGUCUUGGUAUGCUGGUAUCAUCUCGCAUCAUGCCCUCUCGGGAUAACCUCUUGUUUCGACCCCAUGACAUCUCACGGCAUUUCCGAAUACGGACCGAAUUGUGGACACUUUAUACUCGUGGCUAUUGCGCAGUGUGUGGAAGUACCCGAGCCUAGUAAUGUUGACCCUGCCAGAAGGG